GUUGUGCACAUCAAUCAGGAGAGAAGAGCAACACUCUGACACCAGACACAAAUUCAGCGCUGCAGCCACAAAUGGAGUCAAAUCUGAGUGACAGCUUAGAGAGCAACUCUACUAACUGUCCAGGCAUUGAUGACUUCCGUAGCCAGGUUUUCCCCACAGCCUACUCCCUCAUCACGGUGUUAGGCCUAGUUGGGAACGGCUUGGUCCUGGUGGUGCUGAUCAGAACAUACCGCAAGAGCUCCCCCUUUCAUGUCUACAUGCUGAACCUGGCUGUGUCUGACCUGCUGUGUGUCCUGACGCUGCCACUGCGAGUUCUCUACUAUGCCAACAAAGGCGAGUGGAAGCAGGGAGAUUUCCUCUGUCGCUUUAGCUCCUUCGCCUUCUACGUCAACCUCUACUGCAGUAUCUACUUCAUGGUGGCCAUGUCCAUCACACGCUUCUUGGCCAUUGUCUUCCCUGUGCAGAACAUGCGGCUGGUGACAGAGAACCGCUCUCGCCUGGUGUGUGUGGGUAUCUGGGUGUUCAUCUGUCUCUUAAGCUCACCCUUCCUGAUGUCUGGCCAGCAUGUUGACCGCGUCACAAAUAAAUUCAAGUGUUUUGAGACUCCAAAAGAUGGAGAUAAGCAGAAACUUAUUGUGCUGAACUAUUUGUCUGUGGUGGUGGGCUUUAUCUUGCCCUUCCUGGUCAUUCUGAUUUGCUACGCUGGCAUAGUUCGCGCCCUGCUGUCCCGCACCCAAGCUGCCCAACGCCAGCAUGACAUGAGCACCAGAGUCAUCCGAAUGAUUGUCAUCGUCCUGCUGACCUUCCUCAUCAGCUUCAUGCCAUACCACGUGCAACGCACCAUCCACCUGAGUUUCAAGUCUGGGACUAAGACCGACUGCCCAGACCUUGCCACGCAGAAGACUGUUGUGGUGACACAGUGCCUGGCUGCUGCCAAUUCAUGCUUUGAUCCACUGCUUUAUUUCUUUUCUGGGGAGGGUUUCCGCAGUCGCUUGUCGUCCCUGCAGCGGUCAAUGAAGAGCAACACCCUGAACCGUAUAGCCAGGAUGAAGACCACCACUGGCCCGGUGGUUGGAGAAAACCUCCAGCUGAAGGCCAGUUAA